AUGUUGGCAUUGGCGGUGAUUUUCGUUACAACGAUAGAUAUUCUUCUGACUUUCAUUUUCAAACAAUUCAAGUCGCCAUCCCAGGCGCAUAAGGAAAUCCUUCAAAUUGAUCAAGAACUCAAGGGAUUGUCUGAAACCGAAGACUUCGUCAAAUGGGCCAGGCUCACACGAAAACGACAGGAAUUGGUGAAGCAAAAUGCUCAAAGUGAAGCGUCUUUUUCUGCUUCAAUUUCUAAAACGAUUUCAACGAUUUCAAAGUUGAGCAAAGUCCUCCUCUUCCUUCUUUUCCGAACAAGCCCGAUUGUCACCCUCGACGCAGAAUUGCUCCCAGUCGCGUUUGCCAAGGCGCUUUCCUUUACUGGCUUCAGUUUCAUACGAUACGGAGAUGUUUCUACUUUCAUGUUUUACUUCUGUGCCAAAUCAAUGUCUGGGAAACUUCUGUUCGAUCUGCGAGGACUGAGUCCUCACGCUGCUGCGUGGCAAUCCCGCGGAGGAAGCGUCCUGGCUCUUGCGUCAAAAGACAGCGUCAAACUCUGGGACCGGUCGGGGCAAUUAGUCGCCGAGAAUGCGGCAAAGCAAGCUCUUAUCGCGUGGGAUUCUGACGGGCAGAUUCUCUCCAUCAUUCCGAGCAAGUCGCAGAGUCUCACCGUCCUGAUGAUGUCAAACAAGCAAUCGAGGGUGAUUGAGUUUGAUUUGAAAGAUCAGCUCGUUUGCCAGGCUUGGAGCAUGAAUACAAAUUCGCUGGCUAUCGGGACGAGUAAAGGAUCGUUGAUUCUAGUCGAUUUCAAGACCGAUAAAAAAGUACCUGUCUUGGGAAAACACGGGAAAAAGAUCUCGCACGCUGUCUGGUCAAAAGAUAACCGACUGGCUUUGGCAUCAAUUGACGGGAUGAUUUCAGUUAAUGACUCAAAAGGAGACCUUAUUGUUUCACAACGACUUCGAGCGGAACCACAAGAUCUUCAAUUUGGCUCAAUGAAGAGCGACCAGCGAUCGCAUGCUCCAGACACGAUUUCAGUCCUUCAAGAAAAACGCUCCAUCUUCCUGUGGCGAUACGAAGGGGAGGAGCAAUCCGAGCUUUCUUUCCAAGCGAGCUAUGGGAAGAUCAUUUCCUACAGUUGGUAUGGCGACGGAUAUCUAGCGAUCGCCUUUGAUACAGGAAGACUUAUCGGCGUUUCUACUCAUAUUGCUGAAAUCGGAACAGAAAUCUUCAACAUUCAAGAUCACUCUGAAUUCUGCAGCUCUAUGAAGCUCACGAAUGAUGGGAUCAAGCUUGCAACAGCUGGAGAAGAUUCAAUUCGAGUCCACUCAGUUGCCAAUAUGAAAGUGACGGAUUCGAUCAUUCCGAUUCCUGACGAAACUGCCGGCGGCUUUAGGGCCAUCCAAUGGUCGGACAAUGGCGCGCUCAUUGCCGCACUCAGUAAUUCCGGAACGAUCUACGUUUUUCUGACGGAAUUGACUGUUAUGGGACAAAGUAAUGGGAAUAAACUCGCCUAUCUCAGCUCAUUGUCGGAAAUGACGCUUUUUGAACCAAACACGGAAUCGAAAAAGAUCAAGCUUGGCAUGGAGCCCAGCUUUGUCGGUCUUGGCCCUGCAGAUCUUUGCUACGGAUUCAACAACAAGGCGAAAUUCCAUCAACUGGAUGAUGGAAGCUUGACGGAGAAAGAAUACGUUGGCUCUGUAAAACGCGUUUCGGUUGGAAAUGAUUACGCUGUUGGAUUGCUCAGUGAUGGUCGCCUUCAGUUGCAUUUGAUUGUCGAUGAUGGAAUGACGCCUGAAAAAUCCGUGAAGAUCUUCCCCGAUGGAAAGUCUCAAGACGGUAACAUCAUCGCAGCUGAAAUUCGUGGAGAAAUGCUCAUCUAUGCGACAAGUGGCGGCAAAUUGAGAUUUUUCUCCUCGAUGAAUGGACAGAAAACCCUUCUCAUUGACGAUGUCAACAAGGGUUAUGUCUACACAGCUGGAGAUGAUACUCUCAUGGAAGUUGGCGAGCUCCCUGGACGGGUAAAUGGCUGCCUUUGGGACGCUGUGGAGACGCAUGUCUUUACAGUCUGGGAUAAUCAAAACCAGCUGGUGGUGUUUUCCGUGCACGAUCUUCACGUCGAGGGACAAAAAGUCGAACAAGUAGCGAUCGGACGCAAACCAAAAGGGCAAUCGCCGCUAUUACUAUCUUCCGGGCUUUUGUUUCUUCAGACAAGCUCCGGAAAACUUAACCGAAUCACCCUUCCUUCUCAUAAAGGAUCCGGGCCAGCUGAGAUGAGCGACUUAGAAAAUGCCAUUCGACUGCGUAACUGGCCUUCUGCUCAAGAAAUAUGCGCCGAACUUGACGAUCCAAAGGCGUGGAAUAAAGCCGCAGAAGGUCCAACAUGCGGGAAUGGUUUUGAAUCUGAUGGAAUUAAAAACGAAGAAGAUAUUUUCUACCUACGCGGGGCCUGCUCAGUUUUGUUGAGGAACUUUGACGUCGCGCAGAAAGCUUUCUUGCAAUCUAGCGAGCCUAUUGCUGCGCUAGAACUUCGAAGAGAUCUCCAACAUUGGGAAGAAUCGCUCUCCUUGGCAAAUCGACUCGCUCCAGAGAGAAUACCAGAAAUUGCUCGUGAAUACGCUGCGCAGCAAGAAUUUGAAGGAAAUUACUCAGGCGCUCUUGGUAAUUACGAACGAGCAAUUCAAGACGGAGCGAAGACGCUUUCGAAGGAGCAGUUAUUCCUGGCGAGCUCUGGAAUCGCUCGAUGCUCGUUGAGAAUGGGCGAUUUGAGGAGAGGUCUUCAACUGGCGAACAAUUCUAGCUCAAAGGUCUUGAAGCGAGAAUGCGCUGAUAUCCUAGACAAAAUGAAACAGUACACUCAAGCUGGCAUGCUCUAUGUAAAAGGAGAGUUCUGGGAAAAAGCUGCCGCAUCAUUUCUAAAGGGCAAGGAAUCGAAUCGAGUCGCUGAAAUUAUUGAUAAAGUUGACGCUGUCAAGAUCCACAUGGCUUUUGCAAAAACUCGAGAGGCCGAAGGCAAGAUCGAUGAAGCGUUGACUGCGUAUGGCCGAGCUGGAGACGAAGACGCUCGAAUCCGAUUGCUGCUUUCUUCGGGCAGGACUCUUGAAGCUGAAGAAAUUGUGAAGGAAACUGGCUCGCUUGAGGGAGCCGAUAGAAUAGCUCGAUACUACAUCAAAAAGGCGAUUACGGCAGCGCCAUUGAGUUUCUCGUUCUUUCUGACUGUAACACAGAAGCUUUCCAACUGGCCCAGCAGCACUCGCAAAUGGAGACGUACGCUGAAAUUAUCGGAAAUAGAGGGGGCAUUGAUGAUUUCAAAUCGAUCGCGAUUCACUUUGAAAACGAUGGCAAUUUCCUACAGUCUGGCAAGUUCUUCCUGA